AUGGCUCAAAGUGUGUUUGUGAAGCUAAAAUUAGCGAUGGCUCAAAGUUCAAGUUACUCUACCAUUGACAACAAAAAGGAAAAAGUUGUGGUUUGCAACUGUAACAUUGAAGCAAAGGGGAUUCAAGCUUGGACUGUUGACGACCCUGGAAGGAGGUUUUAUACCUGCGAAGGGCGUAGAGUUUCUAACGGAUACCAAACCUGCAACUUCUUUCGAUGGUAUGAAGUUGAGAACCCACACGGGUGGCAAUAUACUGCAUUGUUGGGUGCUAGAAAUGUUAUACGCCAACAGAAAGAAGAUAUUAGUAACCUGCGAAACCAAGUAAGAGAACUUAGCCUUGAGAAUGUAAGAAUUGGCGGAGCAGUUAGGCUUGAGAAUGAAAGCAGUGGCCAACUCCACCUGAUUCAGACCUCAACUGUGAAGCAUGUGAAGCGCUUAGAGGAGAAAUAUUGGUUCUAA